AUGCUAAAGGGGAAUAAGAAACUAAGUGCCCAGGACGGAGUGGCAUCCACCAUUGCCAGCACAAAUGCCAACAACCAUCUGGCACUUGUAAGCAGGCCUGAAGCAUCCAACCGCUUUUCAUUGUUCUUGGAAAAUUGUGUGCCUGUUACGAAUUCCCUGAACAACUUUGGAAGCUCGCCCCUUUUUGGUCCGGCCUCACUACAGUUGGCCCAGAUAAAGACCCAGUUGGCACUGCAUCAACUGAAUGCAAUUGCCGCUAGCAACGUUAGCGCCCCAGCGGUUGCCUCACCUGCGCUGACCUUGCUCAACCUGCUCAAGGUCACCAUGUCACAUCCCUUGUAUAACCCUCGUGCAGGGCCAUUUUCGGGCAGCCAGAGACCCAUGAUAUCCAACCAGUAUGGCCUUGGGUCCCAGCCUGCUCUAGACCUUGGGCCAUCUCGUAUUGGCUCAGCCCCUGGCUCUAUGUCUGGCCCCCGAGGGGGCAUGAUGUCACCCAUGGUAUCCCCACAGAUGGGCCUGCAGAUGGCCCAGCGUCCUUCGCAGGUAUCUCAGGACCUUGAUGCUUCCAUAGACAUGAACAUUCGAGGUGCCCGAGAGGAAGUUCGCCUCCUUGCCCAGAUGUUACAACAGCCGCAGCCAAAACAAGGUGACCCUCGGUUGAGGAAGGAGCCCAGAGAAGGCUUACUCUCCUCAGGAAGUAGUGGUUUCCAGGGAUCUCAAGGUCCAGGCAGAUCAGAUGAGCCUUCGGUGGACUGGUCUGGCUACCAGACACCCAGUAAGCUCUUUGGUCCUCCGGGUAUAGCACACUCUUCCAGUGCUUCUCAGGUGUUCCAAACAACAGGGUUUGGUAGCACUGGUGGUUUGGACAGCCCAGGACCUUCUGAACAUCGUCCUGGACGCUACACGUCUGAGAGUGCUAGCAGCAUCUUGGCAAGCUUCGGACUCUCAAAUGAAGACCUUGAGCUUCUGAGCCAUUACCCUGAUGACCAGCUUACACCCGAUAACCUGCCUUUCAUUUUGCGAGACAUCCGCAUACGAAAAGCCAAGAGAAAUGUAUCUGACAUGGACACAAGACCUUCAGCAGAACUGCUGGGCCCUGAGCCUCGGCAAAGCAAAGUGAUUGAUUAUGGACAUUCUAGCAAAUUUGGCUUCUCUGAAGAGAGCCCAGACAGCUAUCAGCGAGACCAUCUUAUUAAAGAAUCACCAAAAUAUGGAAGGGAAGUUUCGGCAUCACCCUUUGGUGGGGUUGAGCUCCCCAAGCGUCCUCAGCCCGGCCAACCAGUUUCAGUUCCAGGUUCAGCACAGAAUCUUCAGAAACUUCCAGCUGUGGAUCUCCGGACACCUCCGCCCAGUGUAGAUCCCAAAAGUGCCAAAGCUCUGCCAGGAAGACUACCAAUGUCCCAACCUAUUCCAGCACCUGUUGGCCGACCUGCACCUCUACCUCCAUCGCUUACUGGUGGUUCCCAAGGUGGCAUGAUGCCCUUAGGUGACAUAACUGGAGGUCCAAAGACUAUCUGGCCCUCUACGUUCCCUCCUCCUUCAAGCAACCCUCCAGGCAUGAAGAGGCUCCCAACACCCACCAUGAUGAAUGAUUACUCAGCUGCUACACCAAGAAUCUUUCCUCAUACGUGCUCUCUCUGUAACAUAGAAUGUGUCCGGUUGAAGGACUGGAUUGAACACCAGAACACCAGCCUCCACAUUGAAAGCUGUAGGCGUCUGAGGAAACAAUUCCCUGACUGGAAUGUGGAGACUAUCUCUGUCACAAGAAAUGAGCCCAAACUUGACCGUCGUAGUCCCAAGAGGCAUACUCGAUCAAAUUCUUACUCAAGAACCCCCAGCCCCAGACGCCACCAUGGCUCAUCUGGCCGACGCCCACGGUCCCGGUCUCGCUCUCGAAGCCCCCGAAAACACAGGCGUAGCCGAAGCCGGUCGAGGUCCCCCCGCAGGGUUCCUCGUGCAAGUCCGUCCUCGUACCGAAGGCGGUCACGGAGUCCGCCCAGACAACGCUCCAGAUCACCUGGCUACAGCAGACGCUCCCCGCCCCGUACAACCCGCAGGACAAGCCCACGUCGAACCAGUCCCUCCCGUCAUCAAAGAUGUAGCAGCAGUGAGAGAUUGGCCAAGAAGCUCAUUGAAUCCUCAGACUUAUCCUCGAUCACAGACAGCAGCUCUCUGAAGGCUGUGGUGCAGUCUUUGGCUCCAGCCCUGCUUGCAGAGCUGGCUAAGAAGAAGAGUGGUUCCUCUUCCUCCUCAUUGAAGAGCAGUGGCAGGAAACAAUCUUCCUCUCCAACCUUGAAGAAGAGCGAGUCCAACACCUCUUCUACCCCAAAGAGCAGCUCAUCCAAGAACACGACACCGAAAAAGAGUGCUGCACCCGGCACUUCCUGUUUGCUGAGAAUCACUGGAGUACCCAUUGGCAGCACCCAGCAACAACUGGUUGAUGUCAUCCAACCAUUUGGCAAGAUCCAUACAGCUAUUCUCCUUAAAGCUAUAGGAGAGGCAUCUGUAUGUAUGGAGAGGGAGGAAGAUGCCAAAGCCCUUGUAAACUGUAAAGAACUGACAAUGCAUGGCAAGAUUCUCAACAUCUCCAUGGAGAGGGAUAUAAAGGAUGAUGUAAAGAGCUCCAAAUAUCAGAAGAAACCUGUAGCCAAAAAAAAAGAGACCCCAACAACAAAGACACCACAGGCAGUUAAAGCUAAACCACCCACAGAAACCUCAGAAACUACACCUGUCGCUACGAAAGUUGUAAAGAGGGAAAUACCCUGGAGGAAGAAUGUAGUAGAGAUAUCUGGUCUUCCUGAAACAGGAGUCACUGUGGAUGACCUGACCAAACUUGCCCUGCCCCAUGGGUUCAAUUCUGUGCCUGUCAUAGCCAUCACUCAGAAAAAGGCAUACCUGGAGAUGCCGAAUACGGAAGCGGCUGAGGCUAUGGUGAAGGCCUUUUCGAAGACUCCUGCCAAACUACAGGAGACUGAGUUAACCAUCAGCAUGAUGACCCAACCCAUUGACCUGAAUUACACAGAGUCACUGUUCAGAGUUCUGAUGGGAAUGGAGAAGUCUCCUGAGAUUGUUACGUUGCCUGAGCGACUCCUCACAGUCAGUAAUGUACCCAAUGGACAGAGUGCCAUCAAUGAGGUUCAAGACCUCAUCAAACGCUUUGGUGCCUACAGGCAGACUCUGCCUCUCAACGGCAGGAUAAUCUUUGAGAUGGAGAAUGCAACCAUCGCCAAAGCUGUGCACAGUCGAUUCCUCAAAUUUCCCUGCAUUGUUCAGAACAACUCACUCAGCUUUACACUGGCCAAAGUUGCCAAGACACCUGAUGAGGGCAAGAAGAAACCAGAGACAAAAGGCUCUAAACCAGCUGCAAAGCUGAGUAAAGCGGGAAAGAAAGGCCCUGCGUCAGGAGCUAAAGCUCCUGUAAAACCCACGACACAGGCUAAAACAAAACCAACAAACACCCAAAGUCCUGUUGUUGCUCCUGCUGCUAAGACUAGCACUGUUGAUGUUGAUGCUAAACCUGUAGAAACAGCUGCCACUCCUCAAGCUGUCUCUGAUGAUGGUAUCACUGAAAAUGUAGAUACCACUGCAGAACCGGCUACUGCUAACGCAGUCACUGAGGAUGUAGCGAAGGUAGAUGCCACGACAGAACCAUCUGCCACUAACACUGGUACUGAAAAGGCAGUGAGGAUGGAUGAGAAAGUCGCUGCCAACAUUACAGGUGAAAAUGAAACAAAGAUGGACACAGCUACCUCAGCAGAAGGGGCUAUCACUAACAGUUUUAGUGAGAGUAAUGCAGCAAUGGAUGUUACUUCUCCACCAGUUGCAGCGACUACUAAUGACACAGCUACCUCAGCAGAAGGGGCUAUCGCUAACAGUUUUAGUGAGAAUGAUGCAGCAAUGGAUGUCACUUCUACACCAGUUGCAGCGACUACUGAUAACACUGCUGACAAUGCAAGCAAGAUGGAUGUAACCAUAACUGUAGAGGUUGCUACAGCUGGUAGUGCCUCUGAGAGUGGAGCCAAGAUGGACAGUCAAGAUGUCCUCCAGACAGAUCAGACAGUUGUGUCAGAGGGUAGAACUGUGUCAACAGGAGAUGGUGUCAAUACCGACCCCUCAGAAGAAGGUGACAAGACAGCUGUUGACAGUCAAAAAGAUGCACAGUCUGAGAAGGCACCUGCAAUAGGUAAAGUGACUUUGCCAACUGAACAGGGUAAAAACGAGGAGGAGAAGACCGGGUCGGCUGAAGAUCCUAUUUCUGUGGUUAGCACAGACUCUGUUGAGGGCACAGUCCCGGUCCCCCUUUCAGUAGAACUGAGUGAGGUACAUAGUAUCCCGUCCAAAGAGUCCACACAGUGCACUGAUAUCAAGAAUGAUGCUGAGGUCAAAGAUGAUACUGAGGUCAAACAAGGUGAUCUGACCACGCCUGAGCCAACUCUGUCCAACGCUGAGCCAGUCCCGUCUCACGACAAAACAUUGGACUUCCCACCUGUCACCCAGGAGAUCCUGAAGGCUCUGGAAGCAGCUGUACACCAGUGUCGUAUGCAGUCUUCUUUAAGACGUGCAGAGGAAGAAGCCAAGCAAAAGCAGGCUGAGAGCACCUCCAAAAAAAGUGACACCAACAAACCAUCGUCUGACAAAGGGAAGAAGUCUCAGAACAGUAGUGAUAAGGGUAGACAUGGCCACAGGGAGUCUUCUGAGAGAGAAUCUUCUUCCAGACAUAGGAGCAGAGCCAGCUCAGACGAGGAGCAGCCACCAUCAACGCGGCGUGGAGGUUCUUCAAGUUCCUCCUCUUCAGCUUCACGGAGGAACAAGCAGGACAGGAGCCCUGUCUCCAAGAAGAGUAGGGGCCAUGAGGAGUCUAAGCAUAAGAGCCAUGGUACUAGUAAGACCACGCGAUCAUCAAGAAGUGACUCCAAAACAAAGGAGAAGAAGACUGCAGAAAUGGACGAUUUGUUGGAUGACAAUUUCCCAUUUAACCUGGAUGAGUUUGUGACAGUGGAUGAAGUCGGAGAUGAAGUAGAAGAAGAACUUCCCUCUGCUGAACAGCCCUCACCCAAACGUAAGAGGAGUGAUGAUGUCCCCAAAUCCUCAGCCACAUCAGCCUCUUCAGUUCAGAAGAAAUCAGAUGACUCUACCCCAAAAACUCACCGGCCCAGGCCUGGGGCCAAAGCAAAACAAGUUAAAAAAGAGACAUCCAAGACGACUCAAAAAACCAACAAGGACAUCAAAUCAGAGGCUGAUGUACAGAAAGGUGAUGAUGUGACUGGCUUGAAAUCUGCAGAUUCCACCUCCAUUUCAAUCACUGAAACUGUAGAACCACAAAUGCAGAUAGUGGAGGGGCUUCGGAUAACGAAGGUUGAGAGUUUAGCUACCUCUCAGAGUUUACCCGCUGCACUAAUGGAAAUGCCCAUUGCUGAGAGAGACAAGAAGACAGAACCCGAGAUGGCAGCAGAACCAGCACUAGCACUUUCAACAGAAGAUAUUGGAGAGGUGUCCAAAACUCAGGCACAACCAGAUGGUUCAACCAUUCAGGCCACAAAUACUGAAAAUGGACCCUCUCAUGUUACAGAAACCCUUCAGCUUGAUUCCUCUGUAGCAGUGGAGCAGAAGGAAGACCCCCAACCCAGCCUAGUGGAUCAGAAUGCAGAGCCAUCAACGAUGGGAAUCAAGAAGGAAUCCAACAUUUUUUUGGAGGUGCAAAGUGAGACAAGGCGUGACCAGAAAGAUGGAGCAGAUGUUAAACCUUCUAAUCAGAACUCUCUGGUAACUCUUGACGAGGUUAGCGAAGAAGAAGAAGACUUCCCUGACGAUGAACCAGAGGAAGAGGAGUUACUGAAGCAGCAGGCGAGAGAAAAUCCUGAAGCACUGUUGACUGUAGAUGAGGUUGGAGGUGAUGAGGUGGGGGCUGAGGAGCAUCUGGAGAAGGAGUUGCAAGGACUGGUUACACUGGAUGAGAUUGUUGAGGAGGAAGAUGAAGAGGAGGUGAAUCAGGAGGAAGAUUUAGUAGAUGCUUUUAACCCUGAGACUCUGGUCACCCUAGAUGAGGCCAAAAGUGAUGAUGAUGACAAAGAGGAACACGAAGAGGCCAAGUGUGCCAGCCCUGCUGUCAAGGUCCCAGCACUGGCUGAAGAGGCAAUGAGGUCUCCCACCCUGGAUGAGGAGGGUCACGAUUUAGAAGUGCUACGCGAGAUGAACUUUGUGACAGUUGAUGAGGUUGGUGCAGAGGAAGAGGAGCAGCCUCAGAAGAAGGAGGAGGAAAAAGAGGGAGAGUCAGUCACUGAUAAAGGCAAAAGGGCCAAGAGGAGAUCCCGCCAGACUCCAGUGAGGAAAUCCACUCGGGGGAAGAGGGUGAGUGGAAAGACCAGUGACGAGAUAGAGGAGGCAGAAACGCCCUGUUUGGAGGAAUCUGCUACGGCGGCCUCACUCUUAAAGGAGCCCUCUUUAGCUGCAGACUCAGUAGAUCUGGAACUGAAAGCAGACCUCCACAACUUGGAGACUGAGACUUCCAUAGUCGCAGCCAGGACAGAAGACACCUCCCCUGGGCAGGGGGAGGAGGAGGAGGAGCAGCAGCAGCUUCCAGUCCAGGACACCGAAGUAUUGCAAGAAACAGCAGUGUCUACUGAACCCACUGGAGCUAGGCGGAAAACAAUCAAAGAAGAAUCUAAGCAGAGGAGAGAAGCUGAGGAGAAACAAGGUCCAGAGAAUAAAAGAGCUCGCUCCCAGUCACCUCUGAACAAAGACUUUACCUUACCCCCAUUCAGCCCUGACAACCCCAUUGGGCUGGAAUUCGUAGUGCCUAAGACAGGUUUCUUCUGCCAGCUCUGCUCUCUGUUCUACGGAAAUGAGGAGACGGCGAAGAAAAGCCACUGCAGCAGUUUACGCCAUUACCAGAAUAUGGAGAAAUAUUACAAGAAGCUGAAAUCUCAACAGCAGUGCGGCACCUCAGACAAUGUGUCCAGUCACAGAUCAGUGUCUCAGUAA